ACCUGGGAGUAAGUCCUGGUGGACUUACACCUCGGUAGGCGUGCAUAGAAUUGCACUGCAAAACCUCUGAUCCUUAUUAGGAUGGGCGGAGGGGAGAGUUAUUGGUGCCCUGGGCGCUGUAGCAAGCGAAACCACCACCAUGCAAGGGCUUGCUGCUACCUAGGCGCCAACCGCGCUUGUUUAGGAGCAAUAAUACACCGUUCAUCUCCGCGGGGUUUUUUUCCUACGUCAGCCUGGGCUUGCAUAAGGAUCUGGUUGCACAUCCAGGACGGAGAGCCGCCAGGCCAGGGCGCUUCGCCUGCUUCGCCCGGGCCGAGCUGCUGGUGGCGGAUCCGGCGCCUCCCAGAGCCGAAGGGGCUGCUGCUCCUCGUCGCAUGUGGCGUUUCUCCUCCUCCUCCCGCAAUCUCCCACCCGGGCCAGCAAGGCUGUUCCCGCCCACCGAGAGCAGAAGCGGGCGGCGGAGCCGGGGACUCGGCGCUUGCUCGGGGCGGUAAGCGCCUCUCGCCUCUGGAGGAAAGCGGAGCCCGGGAAGGGCGGCGGCCCGGGAUGUGUUUGCCAUUGGGAGGAGGUGGCGGGUGGCGGGGAGAAGCCGGGAUGAUGGUGAUGGGCGUAAGCUGCUGGGUAGGGCCGGCCCUCCGCUUCUCCCGGCUGCCCGUCGCCGUGGAGGCGCCUUCCACGCGCGCUGCCGCCGGUUAGCGAGGCGCCGCUGCUGGAGUAGCAUCGGGGAGCCGGCCGGCCAGAGCCUGCGGCCCCGGGCGGGAAGCUGUGAAGCGGGCUGGCUGCUGUGGGAAGGCGGGAGCCGGGCGCCUCCGCCACCGGGGCUGCCUGGAGGUGCUGGUAAGGUCGUGGAGGGAACGGCCUGUGCAGGCGACUUGGUGUUGGCUUGGGAGGCUGCAGGGAGAGAGGUGGAGCGGCCGAGGCGCGCAGCCUGUGCGUAAUGUGCGCGCGUGUGUGGUUGGAAUUGCAAAAAUGUCCCGUCCCCCCACCCCGGUCCGAGUCUCCGAGCGAGCCUUUCUCCCUGCCUGAACUCUCCUCCCUCAAUUUUUUUUAUAUAUUUUUUUAUUUUUUUACAUUUGUGUACAUUUCCUCCAGAGAGCUCAGGAUGGCAAAUCUUGGUUAUCCUUUUACCCAUUUUAACCGUCACAACAAACCUGUGGGGUAGGUUUGGGUUAGGAGACGAGGACUGACCCAAGCAAGGUGAGCUUCAUGACAGAGUGAGGAUUGUCUCUGGCUCUCCCCCGGAUUCUAGUCUGACUCCACUACACCCUCUUUCCUUAACAGAAACAAUGUUCUUUCAGCUGGAUAAAGGUAAAGGUAAAAGGACCCCUGACCGGUAGGUCUCCUUGCUUUACUGGCUGAGGGAGCUUAAGUUUGUCUGCAGACAUUUUUCCGGGUCAUGUGGCCAGCAUCACUAAGCUGCUUCUGGCAAACCAGAGCAGCGCACAGAAACACUGUUUACCUUCCCACCGGAGUGGUACCUAUUUAUCUACUUGCACUUUGACGUGCUUUCAAACUGCUAGGUUGGCAGGAUUCAGCUGGGUACCUGCCCUAUAAAAGGUUAUUACAAUUAUUUAUUAAAUUUGUAUACCAUCCUCAGAUGGUGGAGAAGCUGAAACUGGCUUCGAAAUCCUUGGUUAUGAGCUCACAUUUCAGAGAGUUGUGAUGACAUGGCACUCAGUACGUACUCUGGGUUUCUGAUAUUUUUAUUGCUCUCCGAUGGUCCAAGACAGAGUUCUCAGUCAGAUUUAAACUUUGGCCUUCCACAUUGCGGAGAUUUUGCAACCACGGGGUGUCCUGCAUUACGAAGCAGCCCUUGCAGUUAUAUUGGUUGAAGUUCUGCACUUAUUUGCCUGCCUUCGUGUACCUGUCACUUGGCAGGCCUAGUAUACUCCUUAUCUUAGAUGGUGAUACUGUGCAUUUUGUCUGAAUAGCUAACUGCUCCGUUAGUUACGUUUAGGGUGAGACUUGGUAUAUACAAAAUGAUGCCCUAUGAAAACCACUUGUCUGAUAUAUUUGUUAAGUGUCAGGGUGGUUUCUUUUUUUGAAGAAUACUAAAAGCCAUGUGAACAGGUCUGUAAAAAUGAAUUUCCCUGAGCCUAAUAUGUAAAUGUUGCUUGGGCGAGUGGUAACUCAAGGUGGAGAUACCAACAAGUUUAGGGGUCCUGUGGUACAGUCACUGAUCUGAUCUGGGCUGUACAGUGGUACCUCGGGUUAAGUACUUAAUUCGUUCCAGAGGUCCAUUCUUAACCUGAAAUUGUUCUUAACCUGAAGCACCACUUUAGCUAAUGGGGCCUCCUGCAGCUGCGGCGCCACCGGAGCACAAUUUCUGUUCUCAUCCUGAAGCAAAGUUCUUAACCCGAGGUAUAAUUUCUGGGUUAGCGGAGUCUGUAACCUGAAGCGUAUGUAACCCGAGGUACCACCGUACAUGCUUCGUCUGCUGCAGUGGCUGUAUGUCUUGGAGGGCCUUGCAGAAUUCAGGUGUGCAAAUUUACAAAAUCCUCCAGAAGUGACCUCUGGUCUUAGUCAGUUUACAAAUUAUCUUCUUCACCAGGUGACUUCCUCAAGCAGUGACUAUUGUAUACUGCACCAUUGGCCAGUUGAGCCUGAGCCCCAUAUACUGUAUGUAGAGUCACACUAGUAUUGCACAUUCCUGGUGGUGAGUUAGGGGGCUUCAGAAGCACAAUGAAGACAUGCUCUGGUGAAUGCUACAUGUCACAGCCCCGGGUGGAGCUACCACCCUUGGAAAUGUCUUGGUGUCCCAUUGUUCCUCCCCCCCCCCUCUAAUUAUGGCUUCUAAUUAACAGUGUAAUGUCAGAAUAGUUGCUCACUUAGGGAACUUGGAUAAGGCCAACCCAGAGAACAGAUACUCUAAUUAUAUUAGGAGCAGAAUUUGACCUGGGAGGCUGCUUCCCAUAGCAGCCAAUGUGUAUGAUGUAGGAAGGAGCUGAAUAGUUUUUUGUGUGUAGUUUUUUCUCUGUGUGUGUUGGAGAUUUAUGAGAUGAACUUGUGGCUGGAAGGAACAUUACACAGGGUGGGGAAGGAAACAAGCAACAGAUCAUACUAAAUGGAAUGAGGCUAAAUCCUCAGAGAGUUUGCACACUGACAUCUGACUUAAACCUGGGUGUGUGUAUCUUUGGAAAGGCGCUGGUGUAGACAUGAAAUGCCUCGGAAACAGCAGCCUCGGGUAGGAAUUAAGACGUGAAGGGACUGUAGUGUGAUACUGUGCAGCCGUAAGAUAUGUAUUGCUGCAGACAUUGUAAUUCUGAAACAAUUAGAGUAACUCUCUUUCAGUUGUAUUUGUAUGGGCUACUUAACCAAUCUUGAUUUUACCCUCUUUUCAAAUAUUAAACAAAUACUUUAUGGGGCACUGUUAAGAGAAUAAAUUUCUGUUAUGCAUGCCUGGUAAGAAAACAAGCCACCCUACUUAAAAGAGCACUUGUCGUAACUUGUUACAAUUCAAAUAGGUAUUUUUUAAACUUUCGCUUUCAUUUUUUUUCAUACAGUACGGUUGGCCUUGGAAUUUGAGAGUUAAUGAUGGUGUUAGCUUGAUGCAGCUUGGUAAGAGCAAUGAGCUAGAAAGAAUAGACAUUCUGUAUGCAUCUUCCUCCUCAGGCAACAAAAUUCUGCAGCAGGAUCUUUGGGCGUGUGUUAGUAUCUGAUACAAUUGACCCUGACUAUCCUAGUUGUCCUUGGGUUCAAGGUGUAUGUGCUGACACUGAAUAGUCAACUUGAGGGCAUUCAGCUGUACAGUGAGAUAUUAUUCCUUGGGGAAAAGACAAAGACAGGGUCUACAAGCCACUUAUCUCCCAUAUACGCUGUAGAUCAUAGAAGCUAGAAUCUUUAAUAGCACUAUCUUUAAUAGUAUUUUUACUCUUUCUCUUCAGAUACGGGGAAGAUCUAGCUAAGACUGUGAAGUAAUUGCAGACUUUGGGGAUUUGCCAAGAUGUUGGAGGAAGAUCUGGAAGUGGCCAUCAAAGUGGUGGUCGUUGGAAACGGAGCUGUUGGGAAGUCCAGUAUGAUCCAGAGAUAUUGCAAAGGAAUUUUCACGAAAGAUUACAAGAAAACUAUUGGAGUUGAUUUCCUGGAAAGAGAAAUGCAGUAUGUGUUUUAACAUAUGGGGGCACAGUUCCUUCUUGCCACUCUUUGUAUGUCUCCCUCCCUCCCUGUGUGUGAUGCUUUUUGUAAGGGCUGAGCUAAUGUUUUCUUGGAGAAAAGUGUUGUGACACUAUUCUUCCUUUCUUUAACAGAGCUGAAAGUGAGGCAUUUAUAUGCUAAUUGUAUUCUGCAGACUUUCCAUAGAAGUGCCACAUUUGCCGACUUGAAUAAUAAAUGCAAAAAAAUGCACAGACUGUGUAAAAGACCAGCCCUUUUAAGGAAAGGUCUCAUUUGUCAGAUGAGAUAGAAAGGUUGUGUGAAUGAGUGAAAAAGUGGGGAAUAUUCCUGACAGGGAAUAGCAGUAUGUUAUGUAGGGGACAAGAACACCACAGUAAAAGUAAGCUGGAAUUUUAAAAUUUCACUAACACACAGUAGUGAAGUCAUUUUCACAAAGAAAGAGGGGAAAAGUAAGAUGCAGGAUGGUUUUCAGUUGAAGUCAAGGCAGUGUUGUGUAGCAGUUACAGCAGUUACUUCUCACCCUUAGGUCCCCAAAUGCUGUUAAACUGCUGUUCCCAUCAUCCCUAGUCAGCAUGGUUGAUCGUUGUGGGGUGAGGGAAGUUGUAGUCCCACAGCCUUGGGUCUCCAUAUAAUGAUAAACUACAGCUCCUGUCAUCCUUAAUAAUCAGCCAUUCUGCUUGGCAGCAAUGGUGAUUGUAGUCAAACCAGAAUCUGGGGACCUAAGGUUUGACAGGCUGUGUUGGAUUAGAACUCAGAAACCUGGGCUCAAUCUCCAUUCAGCCAUGAAGCCUACUAGGUUACCUUUGGCCAGUCACACUUUUUUCAUUCUCACAUACCAUGCAGAGUUGUGAGAUAAAAGGCAAGGGGCAAGAGCUAUCGUGAUAAAAAAAAUGAAUUUUUUUAGAAAAGGCAUAAAUAAUUUACAAGGAAGUAGGAUAGAUUUAGGUGUUCCUGAAAAGAUGUGGGGUAUAAACGCUACUGCCACAAAUGUACUUUAAAUAACAAAUUUAUUUUGCUUUUUAUAGUAUGAUUAAAUAUUGAGAAUGUAUGCUGUUUUUGUUUUUUUUAAGAGUCAACAAUGAAGAUGUCCGACUGAUGCUGUGGGACACAGCAGGUCAAGAAGAAUUUGAUGCAAUUACGAAAGCUUAUUACAGAGGUAAAUAGAAUUACUAGCAUACUGACAUGUCGUAUAGGAAACUGGCAAUGGUUCUAGGCUGUGUUACUUUUGAUGUCUCCUAAACAAUGUGCAUUGUUAGAUUCCAGCCAGAGAGGAUAAGAGGAGAUGAUCAGUUUUAAUUGCAAAGCUUUUUAAGGUGGCUUUCCACAUGGUAGCUAUAAAGAAAGUCUGGUGUAUUAAAGGCAGCCCUUAAUGAAACAAAAUUUAAGAACCACUCGUCUAGUUCCUUCUGCACACCUAUUUUGUUCAUCCACACCUAUUUUAUUUCUUUUGUAUUCUACCUCUCCAAAGUUUGACAGGGAUUAAUUAAAAUUAAAAUAUACAGUAUAAAACAAUACUCUAUAACUGCAGGUAUUCUCUACAACCCCAGCUCAAAGAACUUUGGCUAAGGCAUAGACUAUUGGGUUUCAUUAAGUACACAAGGUUUCGUACUGCUUACAGUACAGGAGUGACUGCUCAGAAUUCAGGUAAAAUGCUUGCCAGUGUAUAUACUAUUACCUUCCAUUCACUGUUGGCAGUGGGGAGCUAGAUAGAAUAUCAUGAGUAACUUGUUCUUAUAAUAACAAGCAGUGGUGUUUUUUUGUUCAGAUCCAAGUAUUUGACUCCAGAUAAGGGGCUCAUUACAUGGUUCUCUUUAAAGUGUAGUAUAAACAACCCUAAGGAGUGAUUUUGACAACUAAGACACCUGUUUACUGUGCAGCCCUUAAGACCUGAGUCAAAUGUAAGAACAAAGUCUUUGGGACAAUAAGCCAUGUUUACUCUGGUAUAAGUCCCACUGUGCUCAACACAAACUAGCUGGAAAAUGCUUGCUUUAUUUGAAUAAAGUAGGAAAAAACAGUCCUGUUCCAGCUUCUUAAUAGGUUUGAUGUGGUUAACCAAAUUUAUCAAAAAAACGGUGCUUAAUUGUGACUUUUAGGAGCCCAAGCGUGCGUGCUUGUGUUUUCGACUGUUGACAGAGAGUCUUUUGAAGCAAUCCCUACUUGGAAGGAGAAAGUAGUAUCUGAAGUCGGAGACAUCCCUACAGUGCUUGUUCAGAAUAAAAUUGACCUCCUAGAUGAAUCUUGUAUAAAGAAGUAAGUGCUGUUGCCAUGCUUCGUGAAAUCAGUUUUCAAAUCGCUUAAAUGACUUUGUAACGGUCACACAAAAAUGCAAACAAUUCAAAGAAGCGGCAAGUAUUCGGUUUGAUAAUGGGCAUGGAUAUAUAUGGUCCGUUGUGGCUAGCUACCAGCAUGCAGGCCACAAACUAAACAAAUAUAGCUACAUGUAACUAAAAUACAUAGUAAAACAAUCUCAUCCAAACAACAAAGCAUCAAUAAUUAAAAUGUAUCAUAAACAAGCCCAUUUAAACAACAUAAUAAUGAAAGCAGGAUUUAGAGAGUAUGUAGUGAGUACAAACACAAAUGAGGUGUAUAGUUAGGUGGUGGUUAACUCUCCCCAUCCCACUGGCCCCUGCAGUCUUAUCGCUCCUGUUCUAACUCCAGUGGUUAUUUUUCUUGUACUGGAAGUGAGUGUGGCUUGGGCAGGCUGGGGAGUGAAGAGGAGUAGCUCAGCACCUCUAGUCCAUUCCACUUUAAAAUCAUUCAUGCCCCAUUCUCCAGUUCACACACUGGUAGGAUAGACCUGCGUCUCAUGACAUGGGCCUGGCACUCUAGGGUAUAGUUUGGCCACAGGCUCUUUGGAAAUGAAUGGCUGCCUAUUAAACUUGGGUGGUGUAGGGGUUAGAGUGUCAGACAAGGGCUUGGAUGGUGAGGGUAGAAAUCACCACUCAACCAUGAAGCUCACUGGAACCUUGGGACAUUCACUGUCUCUCAGCCAAACCCUCUCCACAGGCUUAUUUUGAGGAUAACAUGGGGAGUGCCCCUCUGAGCUUGGAUGAAAGAUGGAAUAUAAAUUUAAUAAACAAAUGUAGGGGAUUUAGUUUAACUUGGUUUAUGUAUGCAAGAGCUAUGUUUUCCCUGUUAUGGCAGAUAACAGAUGAACUCUGAAUAUCUUGAUUGAUUGCAUAUAUUUCAUAAGGUGCUGUGAUGGUUUAUAACAGACUACUGUAUAUACAGUGGACGCUCGGGUUGCGAACAUGAUCCAUGCGGGAAGCACGUUUGCAACCCGCAGCAUUCACAACCUGCAGCGCCGCGUGUGCGCACUCGCGGGAUGUGAUUCGGCGCUUCUGUGCAUGUGCAAAGCGCGAUUUAGUGCUUCUGCGCAUGCGCAAGCACCAAAACCCGGAAGUAACCUAUUCUGGUACUUCCGGGUUUGGCGUGGUGCGCAAUCCGAAGCGUCUGUAACCCAAGGUAUGACUGUAUUUUUAGUUACGUUUGCCCACCCACUAUCUGUUAGCUUCACCUCUUCAGUCCUUGUAGCAAAUAAACCUAAGGCUACAAUAUUGUCAACAGCAAUCUUCUGCUGCUCUUGCACACAGUUACCUUUCAGUAAUAUAAUCUACUUUCAUGAAGAUGAUUGAUUAAAUUUAAUCUAAAUUAAUUGUGUCUGUUGUACUGGGGGGAAAGAACCAGUGUCUGAAACAAUUUUCUGCUCCGGUAAACAGUGAAGAAGCAGAAGCAUUGGCAAAAAAGCUAAAAUUAAGAUUCUACCGAGCAUCUGUAAAGGAGGACCUAAACAUAACAGAAGGUAAGAGUUCGCUGUAACUUUUCCGGAAGGGAAUUUCAAAUGUUGUUUGCUUAUUUCAGUGAUGGCCAAACUUUGCCCUCCAGCUGUUUUGGGACUACAAUUCCCAUCAUCCCUGACCACUGGUCCUGUUUGCUAGGGGUGAUGGGAGUUGUAGUCCCAAAACAGUUGGAGGGCAAAGUUUGGCCACCACUGGCUUAGUUCUCGCCGAAGUGAUCAACCUAUAUCCAUUCUUGUCUGCAACACCUAAUUUUUAAUGUUCAGGAUGGAUUGAAGAGCAUUUGAUCAUGCAAAUAUCCAUCUGCAGUCUAAAGUGGUACGUCCCAAGUAAAGUAACUUUUCAAGCUAAAUUCAAAUUGCAAAGGGAAUGAUUGAAAAACUAAGGGCUCUAAGGCUGGCAGCAGAUAUGUAUGGGAGCAACCAUACCUUGGUAGUAGAACACGGGCUAUGCAGGCAGAGGGUUCCUGAUAUUGCCAGGUGAGUAUAGGAAAGACUCCUGUCUGACACCAUAGGUGUGACUUAAAGGCAGCUAUUUACAUUCCUAUAAUCAUGACGAAAAAGAUAUUGGCUUUAAUGUUGUGGAGCAGGGUUGGGCAGCUUGUUCAGCACAGAACAAACUGGGUGUACGUAUUUAGCUGUAGGUCAUUCUUAUAAAUAUACCAGGUGUUGGUUGUCCAAAUUGUUCUGAAAUGGUUUUAAUAAUAAUUUAUUUAUACCCCGCCCAUCGGGCUGAGUUUCCCUAGCCACUCUGGGCGGCUUCCAGCAGAAUAUUAAAAUACAAUGAUUCAUCAAAUAUUAAAAGCUUCCCUAAACAGGGCUGCCUUCAGUUGUUUUAUAAAAGUCCAAUAGUUGUUUAUUUCUUGGGCAUCUGAUGGGAGGGUGUUCCACAGGGCGGGCACCACUACCGAUAAGGCCCUCUGCCUGGUUCCCUGUAACUUGACUUCUCGCAGUGAGGGAACCGCCAGAAGGCCCUUGGCGCUGGACCUCAGUGUCCGGGUAGAACUAUGGGGGUAGAGACGCUCCUUCAGGUAUACAUGUGAUUCAUCCUGACCUGCAAUAUGUGUCUUAUCUUGCAUGUGACCACCUUCUGAGAUAUUUAUGUGGUUGGAUUUUUCUUUUUCUAUGGUUGGUAGGAGUUUUGUUACUUUGAAAUCGGACCUGGAUUAGUAGCUUGAAUAUGUAAAACUGUGCCUGUCUCUUUUUCUUAAUGCCUGAAAGUUUCUUUAUAUAUAUUCUGCAGUUUUUAAGUAUUUGGCUGAGAAGUAUCUUCAAAAACUCAAACAAAGAAUAGUUGAAGAUCCAGAAGUAGUACACACAAGUAGUAACAAAAUUGGUAUGUAUGCCGCCAGACAGUAUUGCCUGCUGAUAAAAUGUACUGUUAACUAUGGGGUGCCUGUUCUGUUCCUAGUGCAUUUCAAUGAAAGUGAAAUAAAAAAACACUUAAUUUGCCAAAUAGCUGUAGGGAAAAUGUGCUCUGUGUGCGUGGCUAUGAUUUCUAUUCUAUAAUGUCAAACUAUGGUACUAAUGACACGAGGGCAUGUCAGCCACUUUUCUUAAAAUCUUGUGCACUGAAGUUAUGCAAAGAAUGGACAGUGCAGAAUUCCCUGCAUAUUGGCAAUGUUUGAAAAUAUAUAGCUGCCAUUAAUGGUAAUUAUGCCAGCGAAGAUGUACAAGAGAUGGCUGUUUUCGUUUUGUUGUUUUUUAAAGAAAAAACUGGCACCUGAUGAAAAUAGCUUUGUAAACUGUCUUUUGUUUAUAGACACUGAACUUUUGUAUGUGGCUCUUCUUUAAAGUAUUUCACAGUCUGCUCUCCCCACCCCCCAUCGCCAUUUCUUGUGUCUAAAAGUAAGAUUUGUUGGCGCAGGGUUAUGUCUCUGCUGUGCUUUAGUUUGCCAAGUGAUGAGUGUGAGUGCCAAUGUCCAAUAACUGAGGGUGAAAUUCAACAUAGCGUUAACUGGAGUAUGUGAGAAACGAGCUUUCCUCGCGCAAUGGUACUCCCGGCCCUGCACCCCCUAAACUUGGGGCUUCCCCUGACCCUUUAAGGGGAGAAGAGAAGGGAAUUCCAUUGCAUGAGCAGAUCUCAUUCCAAGCAACAACUUAGUUGAAUCCUGCCCUUAGGUUUCGUCUUUUUUUCCCCUUUUCUUUUUUGCAAAAAGAUAUAUUAAAGAAUUGACAGUAGCAUACAUUAAUUUUAUUUAAUUGUCUCUGGGAUCUCGGCUUAUGAAGUCAUUAUUUGAUCAGGCACACAUUUCUAAAAUGGAAAAACUAAGGAUAAAUUGUGCAUUAUCCAUGCUUUUACAUUAAGUUGUAUUUCUAUUUAUCUAUCAAUCUAUCUAUCUAUCAUCUAUCUAUCUAUCUAUCUAUCUGUAUAUAGGACACAUCUCACAAUGUUCAAGAUGCUUACAAUUAAAAUUUUAAAAUCUCUCAUAUAUUUCAAAGAUGGUCAGUUUGCAUAUAUGUAACUCCGUUUUUGUGCCUGUGCUUGAUUUCAAAUAGGUGUUUUCAACACAGCAGGUGGAAGUCAUUCUGGGCAGAAUUCUAACUUGCUUAAUGGUGGUGAUGUCAUCAACCUAAGGCCAAACAAACAAAGGACCAAGAAAAACAGAAGCCCUUUUAGCAACUGCAGCAUUCCCUAACACUCCCGCAUAGAGAAGAAAAGAUGGUCUGACACAGCUGCUCGGCUGAAACCCAUAAGGGACACAACUGGCUGUAGAGGUGUUUUACCAGUGCUUUAGCAGAUGUUGCACGCAUUGCAUCUUGCAUUGAUAGUGGAUAUUCCUGUUGCAAUGAAUUAUUAUCAGUACAUAAUGAGACCCCUGGCAGCACAAAAAUAGAACCGUUGCCCCCAUGCAUUUGUUUUACAUUCAAUAGGACAACUUUCCAGGCGAAAGAUGCGUUGUAUUAAAGUAUACAAUAGGUUUCACUUUAUUAAAAAGAAAAAGAAAAAGUUCAGCUGAAAUGCUUAAGUAUUGGUACCGUUCAAGAGAAAAUGCCUUUUCCUACUUAUUUGACCACAUAGCUCAGUUGGGAUUAAUAGUUUGUUAAACUACCCUAUGCACAUUCUGGCAAUAUUGGCGGUGCAAUAUUUAUAUAGCUUAUGAAUUCUAGCUGCAAUGUGUGUAUAUAAAAACUUGGUCAUAGAUUCAGGAUAAUAAAUCAGGUACUGGGCCCAAUGAUAGGUUCCUGAUAAUUUCUGAACUGGCAUCCUAAAGAUGACUUUCAUUUAAAAAAAAUUUGGAACAAACCUUUCCCAAAUGGUGUUGUGCAUGCUUACAUUCUCCCUACUCUGUGGGCCUUAACUUUUCUUUUAAAAAAUGGUACGGUGCCAAAGGCAAAUACUUAUGCUGCUACACCUAGAUGUUUUAGUUAAUUUAGUGUCAUAUGUAUAUACAUAUAUAUUCUAAAUUUUAAUGAGGCAAGCAGGUGAUAAAUGGUACAGCCUGGUAAUUCUAUUUUCAAUCAGCUCUGUUUUUGAAAAAAUAGAACCCUAUAGCUUAUAUAUUAAUGGAAAAACAUGGAAAAAAUAUAGAGAUUUUUUUAUCAAAGUGCUUUUGAGGACUUUUUCUAGUGCUUGUUGUAAUAUCUAUUGAGCAUCCCAGGUUCAGGGUAAUAAGCCCCCCCCUUUUUUUGUUACUUUAAAUACACACUUGUUCUUAAUCAUGCCGUUGUGGCUCUUAUGCAUAGUCUUAGAGCAAGACCUUCCAGGUGGGUUGGAGCCAGAGCUAAGGGUACAUAUUGGGACUUGGGGAAAACUGACUUCCACAUCCCUUCCUCUCCACAACAACCCCCCUGAACAUGGUCCACUAACUUUUUGGAGGCUGAAUGUGAUAGGGUUAUGAAGGCUCUCUCUGUGAAUUCUCCCUCAGCACUCCUAUGUCACAGCCCACCCCAUUCAUCAGGAUGGCAGUAUUUUCAGGGCACUUGGAUUGAGGGCAUUAGUUGUUUUUAAAAAAUCUCAAGCUGCAAGAUCAUUGGUAAAACUUUAACCCUAGUUUUCUUUGUUGAAGCAUGCAUUUAUAAGAUUGCUUUCUGUUUACAUAUUGUUUAAUAUUUCUACAGUAUUUCUGUAACUAAGUUCUGUCACUACCAAAUUACUCUGAUUCUAAACUUUGGAUAUUAGUAGCUGAGGAACGUAAUUAUAUCCAAGGGUGAAUAACAUGACCUGGAGCUCUGGCAGCUGAAUUGUACAGUUCUUUUGAAUAUUGAUCUUGUUUCAUGAAUGUUACUUUUCAGCUACCCAAUAGAUUUAAAACUAUAUCCAUCAACCUUGAAAUAUUGCAUUGUCCGUCCUAAGAGAACAUCCCACAGUAAGUGUUAUAUUUUGAGAGAGGGCUUCUGAAAUUCCAUGAACAUGCAUAUGCUAAAACUAACAUACUUUUUCUUUGAUGGGAGUCUUUGCCUAGCUAUCAAGUAACAUGGAAUGAAAAGUAUAUAGUUAUACAUACAUAAUGAAUAGCAUAGGAUUCCUUUUGCUUUCAUAACCAUUCCCAUUGCUGGCAAUGAGUUGGGCAUUGCAGUAAUCAAUCCCUUACUUCAUUGUGAAUUGUUGGAUUAAGUACCUUGUUUUUUAAACAAGUGCAUUUACUCACUGGAUGGCUGUAGAUGUAUGGGUCCAAACUGUAUUAAGUCUUGCUUUGUUUUGACAAAUGCAAGAGCAUAUCAGCAAGUUACCAAUUGUCCACUGUCAAUCUUACUUAAGUAUCUAUGGCUCUGUGUGCACAUUAUUUUUAUAUGAAAAUUUUUACAUUAAACUAGUAGCCUUACAUGUUUUGUACUUGUGAACAGAAGGAAUCUGAUCUCAGUGAUUUUUUUACUUGUUUGGCUUUGUAUAAAAUAGUGCAAAUGUAAUGUGUGUUUAUAACAUGUACUUGUGCUGCUGUACGUUGAGGUUUGAGCGCAUACUGUUUUCAGAAUUUAAAGCUUGAGUUGAGUGCCUUUAGUAGGCUAAAGAUUGAUAACUGACCAUCCUAGAUAUCUCUAGGAUAUCUUUUCUUAAUGCCAGAAAAUUAUUACAGAAGUCAUCUGUAAUGCAUUUCCAAUAUAGAUGUAUUAAGUACAGAAGGAAGAUGCACUACCAGUCAUUUUUGUAUCAUGUUCAGCUACGAGUCCUGUUGGCAGAAGCCCUGCACCAGGAUUUCUGUUUGCACAAGGGGCUUCCCCCACUUUUCCUCCCCGCAUGCACCCCAGAGCAGCACAUAAGAGAAGGAAUUGUUCCAUCUUGCAAGCCAACAUACUUGCACUGAGGAAUCAGUCAGUGUUGAAUUCCUGCCUAAUGAGCAACUGCGUUAAUUGAAAGUCAUUGCUAGAUGUCUAAGCGAGAAGACUUUUCAUGCAAAAAACAACAACUUUGCAUAUGUUGCUAAAUGUAUGGGUAACACUGCCAGCUUUGAUAGUUGUGAUAGCUGGCCCAUUUUGAAAGAGGGAAGUGGGUUCUGCUAACACCUCUACAGUGGUGAUUUGCGCUGUUAACCAGCUAUCUACCUUGUUCUUUGUCCACAGUCCCAGGCUAGUAAACAUCAUUUUUCAUUCAGCGCUGGAUACUGGAUGUGUAUCUCUCUCUACUUGUUCCUUUAUAUGCACAAAAUAGACUCCAUUGGUAUUGUCUGUGUGCCAAAGCCUAUUUCCAUACCCCUGUGCCCCUUAGGUGAACUGGAACCUAAGGAUUUUAACCGAAAGCUGAUUUUCCAUAAAACUGGCAUGCAGUCAACUGGUAUUUACUAACAUUCCUUUCUUAAAUCAUAAUAUGCCUUGGAUACAAUGCAGUGUCUGCCGGGCAUUCACCUAUUCUCAAAUUUUUAAAGGUGCCAGUUAUGUUGUAGUGUGCCUGAUUCUGAGUUAUGUUUCAAGUCCUAACUAUUGUAGGAUAACAAAAGUGACUGGUAUUCUGUCUGUUUACUGCAUUUAUUAAUAAGUUGUAGGCAGAUUUUCAUUUUUUUUUUAAAGAAAACAGAAAACCUCCAGAGCUGUUUACAGUAGUAAAAACUAUGCUAAUGAAGUAAUAAACAUCCCUCAAACAGCAAAAUAUCAUUGCAGUGCUGGAAUUAUUAAAUCAGCAUCAGUGGACAAGGGAAAUGUCUAAGUGAGGAAGUAUGUUUUAAAUAAACAUUUGAAACAAUUGCGCCUGCUAUAUUGCAGAGGGGAGCUUGUUCUAAGGGGCCUGCCUCUGUUGUUCCCAGGUGGAGUUCCACUGGUCAUAGUACUUCUCUCACAUAAUGAUGCAUCAACCUCCCCCCAGACCUAGCUGCAUAACCCUCAGCAUCUGGCUUGAACAAUGGUCAAAAAAAUCAUAUUGUGAUUGGUCUACACAAGCAUCUUGUCCAUGUUUGUAGGAUGAAAACAACUGAAACAGGUGCCACCAAGCCAGGCAUUGGACACCUCACCUGGACCUGGAAAUAAUGGCAGGACUCAAGUUCCUAUGAAGGCAAGCCAUUUGAUUCUCUAUGCACUUAGCAUUGUCACAGCAGGCUUCCAAGAGUUCCACCAUCUCAUUUGCAAUGGUAGAUGCCAAUAAACCCCACUGGAUGGGCAGGUCAAAGAUGCAUUGGAGGCGACUAUGCAACCUUCAUUGCUUCCACCACAAUAGGGUGCACAACACAUGUUUGGUCAGCUUCACAGCGAGUCUUAACUCCAUUUGUGCACCAGCUAUCAUUUGGCCUUCCUCACUACCCAGAGCGUUGCAGAAAACUGGGGAGCAAUUUCCACAGUCAUAACAGAGUUGUAGCAACUUACGACCAAAUUGAUACUUACACGUUAAGAUUUCUGAGCAGGUGGAAUAAUAGAAGGAGUGCGACUAGAAUAUAAAGUUUCUCACAAUUUGCCUUGGUCCAGCAAUUUGUAGCUCUAUAGAUAAAAAUAAAUAAAAAUAACCUUUACCAG